CUCAGAAAUUGUACCAAAAAAACGUUGCAAGUUCCAAUCUUGUAACAUUCUUCCUGCACUACACGAAACGAAUCUCCCAACUUAUAUCUUGUUUAGGUAAGCGGCGCAACAAAAACAAUUCAGUCACCUUCAUUACAUGUGAUUGACAAACACACAAACAAACAACACAACACAACACAACCCUUCAAAAAGAAAACUUCUCUUUCUCAAUCUCUUUCCUACUCUAAAAUUACAGUUGUCCUUGUACUGUCAGUUACCUUCCGUUAAUGACUGUAAUCGAAGAUACAGAUGAAACUAGCAUUUGGGCUUUCUUAAAACUCAAAUCUACACAUGGGUUUGUUAACUUUUUCCCAAUUUGAGCUGUAAAGAUUUGGUGGGUCAAGUAAAAAAUUGAGUUUUUUUGAUUAUUUUUGAGGGUUUUUCUUGAUUUGGUCAUAUGGGUUUUGUUUAGAAUUAUUUAUUAGUGGUAAUGAGCUGAUGAUUUUGUUUAUUUUGAUUGAAAGGGGGAGAAACUUUUUGUAAUUUUUCCCUAUUUUAUAUUCUUGAAUACACUUCAAUUCAUUGUUUAGUUUAGUUUUUAUUGUUAGCUACCUAAUCUUAUUAGGUAAAGAAUUGUUCUUGGAAGUUAAAGUAGUUCAUCAGUAGCAUUUAUUUAGUAUCAAUUCUUGAAAUUUAGUGUUAUACUGAAAAGAGUAGGUUUUUUUUUUUUGCUGGGAGAAGAUUGUUCUUGUGAAUCUAGAUCAAUUUUUAUUAGGUUUUUGAGCUAUUUCAGUGAAUUACAUUACAUUAUGUCUGGUGGUACUCCUGUUGGUACUCCUGUUGGUGCCAAUUUUAUGAGGCAGAGGCAUAGCUGGGGUUAUGCCUCUGGUGGGGAAGAUCUUGAGGAUGAUGCUUGCUCAAAACCAAUGCCAACGCCGCCUUCAAUUCCUCGAGCUAAGACAUGGAUUGAGAUCAUGGAGAAUGUACUUUGGAUUGGUUCAGCAGUUUUUAUCAUAUAUUUUGGUGAUUGGCAUUCAAAUCUUAUUUAUCUCCUAUGGCAUGAUGAUCGGAUUAGGAGGAUACCGUUAUACCUAGGAUUUGGAGGUGUUCUAUUAAGUGUGGCUUAUUUCUUUUAUACGAGCAUGUCGACGUCGGGUGUCAGAAAAUCAUGUGAGAACUGGGAGAUGCUUGGUGCAUCUGCCUUGCCAUUUGUUACUCUACUGGGCUUAACUUCCUUUUGCCUAUUUACCUGGGCGUUGUGGCCGAUAUGGAGCUUCUUGACCCUACCCCUUGUGUUUACACUGUUCAUGGCAUGCAUGGUUAUAUCACCUUAUCUGGUCAUUGGCACAGUUAAACAACAACCGGAAGUGCUCCGUUUAGAUUAAUGAUUCAUCUUAUGAAAGUUUCAGGUAAAUUACACAGUUAAACCAGCUUUAGAACUCACUGAAAUCUGAGAGGAUAUAAAAUAGAUGCAAAAUUGUAUUGGUACAAAUUUAUUAUUUUUGUAUGAUCCAAUCAUUCCCAUGCUGGUGCUAGCCACUGUAUUGGCUCUGUUCUGAACUUUGCAUAUACGCGUUAUACCCUUUUUUACUUGGCCAACCCGAAAAAUGAAGAGAGUAGUUUACUAUUGGCCUUUACGUUGUCCUCGCCAGAACUCGGUUAAGAAUUUUGUCUAUGAUCUAGCACCUUGUGUAAAGAAUUAUCAAAGGUAACAUGGUUUUUCAAUA